CGUGGACGUCGCUCUCUCGCCCCGGUGAAUUUUCCUGCGUCCAACCGUGGUAGUGAAAAUUGCCUUUACCUGGGCUCUUCACCGGAGAAAGCGAGGCGACCGGAAAGAUGCAGACGAUAAUUGUCCUUGAGUUCAUCCUGGAGACCAUGCACUUCCUCCAAGACUCCAUCCUCCAAGAUGUCAUACUCCAAGAUCAUCUGCUGUCGGGAAACCUCUCGGUCGCGAAGUUCGUGAACGAGGAAUGUAAGCAUAAAGGGGAGAGGGCGCUGGAGAAGUUCCGCUUCAACCUGGAGAGGAAAGACUGGGUCUUGGAGAAGGAUUUCCCCGAGGAAGGAAUCACCAUCAAGUCUGUGUACGAUGAAGAGACAAAGGAUUAUUUCCUCUAUACUGUGGCCACAUUGGACUACGAGAACGAAUGGCUGGCCAAAGACAUAUUAGAACACACGCUGGACGCCACCGCUGAAUGGUCCUCCGACUGCAAGGAACUCACAGUCGUUCAGCUGUGGCAUGCCGACCGGUGUGCAUUGGUGCAUCAGGUGUUCCAGAAGAGAGCGCUGGGAAUCUCCGUGAUGCGGGAUGUAGUCUACUCCAUGUACGGGCAUAUUGAAGGCGACAGGCGCACCACUGUUAUGUUCAGCUCCAAAUGGCCUGGGCUGGAGCCAACCAAGAAGAUGGUCAGAGGGACGGUCAAUAAAGGCAGCGGCCUGAUGCUACACCCCGACCCGGAGCACCCGUCCACCCGAACCCUCAUGCACUGGAUGGCCUCGUUGGACAUGAAGAUUCCGCUCCUCCCGAAGGGCAUCCUCGUGCCCAUUUAUGCGAUAGGAUGCCGGCAGUACAUCCUCGAUCUUCGGCGUUACCAGGAGGCCAGGUGGAGGAUGCACCUCGACGCUAUGCGAGGCUGAACUCAGAUAAAAAACGUCCUUGACCUAGCUCUGAAACCAUAGGGCCACUUGAGGACAGGAAUAAUCGAAAAAUGUAAUAAUGAAUUUUUAAAUAUAUUUUUUCAUAUAUCAAUAUGUUAAUGGAAUCAGAACAAUUUCGGGGUUGAGUUGUAUGCAUAGAUAUAUUUUUCACCAUUUCCAAGGAGAAAUUAUUUGUUUCUAUCGUAUUAAACAGAACUCUUCCAUCUCUUCAUGCAAUUUUCAAAUGAAAAUAAACUGUUGUCCAUCUGCUUUUCGAAUAGGGAGCAAUGG